AUGUCGUCACCCAAGAGAGAUGCUCAAGGUAAUGGCUUUACAGGACUGGCAAUCACCCAGACCAAAGGAAGAAACAGACCUGCUUCUCAGCCUCCUCUGCUGUCUCGUCAAUCUCUGACUACCACACCAGCAUUUAAACGUGAACCCUCACCUUUCCGCGCACUCAGUUUAAGAACCUUGUCUCCAGCACAUAAUGAUCUGUCUGCUGUUAAACUGCCGCAGUUGGUAUCUCAGGCGGGCACUGAACUGGCAGUCAGAGAGAUUGUGUGGAAUGAAGGAGCCAGUUUUGUGACACCUGUGAAAACAGCUCAGCACUCAAGUGUCAAACAACUCAAGUAAGCUGACUAGUGGAAACCUACUUAUGCAUGAACUUUUGUUUUUGUUAAAAGUUUGUCUAUUUUUUUAAGUGUUGAAAAUGACAAGGAAAAGAUUACAACCGGGAAAGAUUGCCAGGCCAGAAACAAGCCACUCACUGGAACUGAGGUGGUUGAGAUAAUAGCCAGGAAAAAACAUCAGGGAAAGCUUGAUUUUUACUAUCUGAAGGCUUCUGAAGAGCUUCCUUAUGGACCAUAUAACUUGCAAGUGAUCUCUCGGAGUGAGGAAUGCGCAGAUCACUACAUCUUCUCCCCCACAACUGUAAUACAUGUGCAGGAUGGCUGCAGCAUUGAGCUAUGGACCUUGGCAGAGUGGUAUCGAGAGGCUGUCCUUUGUGAAGCUGUGAGAGAAAUCCCAUUUUUCAGAGAUUGUUUACUGCGCAAGAUCUUCAAAAGGUGGCACAGAAAUGUCCACAAGGUUACAGUCAAACGAAGGAUUGACAUUCUUCCGUCUCAGCUGCUGAUAGCAGUGCCCCAGUUCAGGAAUGCAUUAUUACAUCUUGCCAGAUUAAUUGAGGAGCUAAAGCAGGUCAGGUGGCUGCCACAGGAUCAUUUAAGGACGUACACACUCUUGGAUUUUCAAACAGCACUCCUGGAAAAGAAGCGGACAGCUCAAGCUUCUUUAGAAAGGUUCCUACAUUGCAGGGCUGCAAUAUUUAAUACGGUGAAGGAUAAGAGUUAUCAAGCAUGCCAGGACCUCCAAAUGGAAGUGGAAAACGUAAAGCUUUACCAGAGCAGUCAAUCCUUACACCUUCAGGUCUCCUACCUUAGAAAGCUACAGAAAGAGCUCAGUCAGGCAGAACAAGCCAUACAGUGGCUGGGAAACCUCGCUUCUCUAGCUGAUCACAUGACUGUCCAAAACCUAGUCACAAUCUCCAAAGGGGAGAUCACAGCUUUCCUGAACAAUGUUUUAAAUAGAGAACUGGAAGAACAGAGCGGUCUCUUUCAAGUCGAGAUUAUAUUUGGAGCAGAUGGUCAACUUUCUGUUUUUCCACCAUUACACUUGUUUCAGGAAGUUUUACAUAAAGCGGUGUUGUCUGUAGAGGAUUCAGUACUUCAGGUGUUUGACUCCUGCAGUUUGUCAUAUGACUCGAAAGGCUGUUUGCCCACUUCUUGUGCUGAAGAUCUCAUUGAAGAAUGUAAAGACAAAGUUUGUGAAGUAACAGGUCCUGACAGGGAGUCCUCUUUAAAUGAGCUUGAAAGGAUGUCCUCCCAAAAGAACUCUUCAUUGCAAACCAUAGUGCCAGUCAAAAUGAACUCCAUGAGAGUUCAGGCGCAAAGAGUGCAAGGCCAUUACAAGCCUCUGCCCUGGAGACUGCUGGAGUGGAACCUGAAAGUUCAUGUUGAAUCACAAGAGAUUCAGAAUGAGCAGGACAAGGUUUAUCAGGAUGCUAUAACAGAGGUGUUCCAGCUAUGUGAGAGCCACUCUUGGUUGAUAGAUGUUCAUUUAUUCACCAGUCAGUGGGAUUCAGAUUCUCCAGAAUCCUUGCGUGGAUGUUCUCCUCUGAAAUAUGAGGAAUUAAUCAAGAAACUUCAAUUUUGGAUGGACAAAGUCCACAACAUGCCUCAGUUCUUCACCACAUCAAAUAAGUUGUUUACUGUCGAGAUAACCAACAUACAAAAACAAAUAGGAUCCAUGUUAAACACCAUUGCCAAAGAAGUGCCAAAGUUGCUGUAUGAAGAUUUACAGAUACGCUCUAACAACCUAAUUUCUUGGCUUAAAAGAGCUGUGGAAAUCAUGCAGUCUGAACCAAAUUCCUUUCACAAGUUCACCGUUUUUGCUGAAAUGGUAAAGCAAAGUGAGAGGAUGUCAGAAAACAUGCAGCAGGAGCUGAAAGACCUCCACUCUUUACAAGAUAGUGUGCGACAGUAUUAUAAACACGUGGCUUUGAAUGAAAUUAUCUCAAUGAAGCAGGUAGUUGACUUGUGGGAUUGCUUGGUUCCUCUAACAAAACAAGCUACAGGCAAAGUUUCCCAGCAGCUUCCUUCUAUGUUGGAAACAUUAGAUGGCAAUGUUUCCUCAUUAGUGAACAAAUUAAACAACCUGGUUUCAGGAGCCACUUCUGGACCCUAUCUUGACCCUGACCAGAAUGCCAAGGAAAUGCUUGUCCAGCUAAACACAUUUUGCAGUCAAUUCUAUGUGAUCGCUGAACAGUUGAAUGAUCAGAGCAGAGCCAGUGAAAUUCUGAGAGGGCAUCAACUAGAUCUUACUUUUGUGACAGUAGCACAGCAAAAUAUUGAAACAAGGAAAGGACUCUGGGAACUGAUGAGCAUGUCUUCCACACAAAUCCAAGAGUGGAAAUUGCUACAUUUCAGGAAGUUUGUGGUGACUAAAGCCCAAGACUUGGUUGGUUUUUGGAUACAAAAGGCAGAAACAUUUGCUAGUGUCAUACCUUUCCAUGAUGCAUUGCUGCAGAAAAACCUGCAGAUUUUACAGGGCUUUAACCAGUUCCUUGCUGUACUGAGUAAGCUGAAUAGUCCCACUCUGAAGCACAAGCACUGGAGAAAUAUCUCAAAGGGAAUUGGCCUGUCGUAUGACCCAGAAUGGAAAUUUACAGUAGAUGAUCUUAUGUCCAAAGACCUGCAGAGGCAUCAAAAUAAAAUCAAUAAGAUCUGCCUUGAUUCCAAAGCUGAGACAGACAUGGAACAGACAUUCAGAGUUUUACAGAGGGAAUGGGAAACGACAGAGUUCCAUCAUAAAAGGUUCAUUUUUGCUGUCCAGCAACAGCAGACUCCACAACUAGGGGAUGCCUCACCUCAAAAUGCACCAAAACAUCACAUUAGGGAUGGUGGAACAUUCACUAUUAUUGGUAUAGAGACACUUCUAGCUCAUUCUAAGGAAAGUGUUCUGAUCCUUUCCGACAUGCUGCGUUCUACACAUGUUGAUGAGUUUCAGAAAGAUGUUGAACACUGGCUGCUGCUUUUACAAGAGCUGAAUGAAUUGCUUGAAAUAUUUGAGAGAUAUCAGCAGAAAUGGAUCUUUAUAAGCCGAACAUUCAAUGAAAAUGUGCAUGAAAAGUUUGAGUUGCAAGAGAGGUUUCACCCGGCAGAUAAGUUGUUUCGUGAAAUCAUUGAGAUCACAGUCAAUGACCCACAUGUAUGCAGUUUUGUUCAUCUGAGUAAGAACAGAACAGAGUUCAGUGACAUUUCACAAGGACAGAGUCUACGUGCUGCCUUUCUGAAUAGACUCACAACAAUGGAGGAGAUUUCCAAUCACUUUCUUAAUGUAUUAGAGUCAGCACGGAGCCAGUUCCCCAGACUCUACUGUCUCAGUGAUGGAGAGGUGAUAAAACUUCUCUCUUUACAACUUCCAGCACCUUCCUCCCUUUUACAACUCAUUCAGAAAUGCUUUACAGGAGUGAAGCAGCUUGAUGUUCAAGUCGAAGGUAAUGUCUGCUGUACACAUGACUUGGCAGCUCUUACUAAUGAGCGAAUGUUGGUACAUGGUGUAUAUGGAGAAUUUGAUGAAUAUGUUCCCUUUUUAUGUCCUCUUAAGUCAAACCUCAAUCCUGUGGCUUGGCUUGGCCUAUUUGAGCAAAAGUUAAACCAAGCAGUGAAACUUAGAUUUAUAAAUUGCUUAGCCAUCCAGCAAAAAACAAAGCACGGAAAGCUUCCUAGAAACCCAGACCUGAUUGGGAACAACAAGAGUAACAGUUCUGAAGUAGCUCAUGAAGCUUCCUCACUUUUAAAAGUAAUAUCUCAGUAUCCUUUGCAAUGUCUUUUGGUGGCAGAAGAGGUGUUGUGGUUUAGCACAAUCCAGGAGUCAAAUUCUACUACUACUAACAUGUGGAUGAGAAUUAAGUCCCAAAACGCAGCACAACUGCAAUAUUUGUGCCAGCUUAUAAAUGAAAAUUCCACAAAUUCAAAUAAGCACCCAUCUCGGCGCAUCUUGACAGCUCUGCGUGCCUUGAUUAUGUUGACCUUAAAGCACUCUGGCCAAGCUGAUGGGCUUGUCAAAGUGAAAGGAGAUUUGGAGACCUCUUUUGAAUGGCAGAAGCUUAUGAAGUAUUACCUUAUUCCAAAUGCAAAUGGCAUUGCUAGUGAUUUACUUCCAUCUCCAGAGGAUCAGUCUGUCUGUGUUGAUAUUCUGCGCACACAAUUGCCAUAUGGCUAUGAAUACAUUGGACCUGAGAACUGGACCAUGGUGAAUACCCCUUCAACUGAACAAGCUUACAUGGGCAUAAUUCUUGCUCUUUCCAGCUUCAAGUGUGCUUUCAUCAGUGGACCCCACAUGGCAGGCAAGCAGCAGGCUGCUGUGCAGCUGGGUUAUGCACUGGGUCGACAAGUGGUUAUCUUGAAGUGUUGUUCAAGCACUAGAUCCUCAGUCAUUUCCCAAACGCUUCUAGGUGCGCUUCAAAAUGGAGCUUGGCUAGUACUUGAUUCAGUGGAUUUGUUGGAACAAGGGACGUUGUCUGAUCUGGGACAACACUUGACUGAAAUUCAUCAAAAUUUGUCAGCAGUUCAAAGACAAACACAAAAAGAAGAACACGAGUUGUUCUCUACAGCUAAGAAGUCUAGCAGUGGUGAAUUCAUCAAAAAGAAUAACAAUACAGUAAAUGAGGUAGAAUGUGUCAUUGCUGGGAAAAAAUAUAUUCCGGUUAACCUUACCUAUGGAUGUAUCACAAUCUCACUUAAUGGCUACUCAACUAAGAUACCAGAAAAUUUGAGAGCUGCGGUAAGACCUGUCACACUGAUGAAGCCACAGUACAGAAUCAUUGCAGAAGUGAUGUUUCUGUCAUAUGGAUUUUCUGAAGCUUCUGAUUUAGGUCGCCGCCUGGAUUGUCUCUUUAGGCUUGCAAAGGAUUUACAUUGCCUUCCUGAUUUUGUUAGUGGACAUCAGACCUCUUGGCUUGUACUUCUCAGAAAUGUGAUUGCUUCCUCUGGAACACAUUUAAACCUCUUUCACCAUUUGAAAGAAACUGAUAAGUUCAGAGAACAUUUCAAGUUUGCCAAUCAGCCUAAGAAAAUUAUAAAUGUGGAGUUAGAGGAGCAAGCAACAAUCAAAGGAGUUCUGUCUGUCAUGCAGAAUACUGUCUCAGAUCCAAAGAGAGCAUCAAAGUUUUAUGAAAUAUUUGAGGAAAUCUUUCCAAAAGUAAGGAACUUUCCAAGUCUGCAACAGAUUAUUGAUGAAGAAGAACAAAGUAUGUUGAAAAAAGCAGUGAAAGUUGAGUUGCAGCAUCAAGGAUUUCAUGCAGACCCACAGAUGCUUCACAAUGUGUUGAUCCUACAUCAGGCUUUGAAGGUUUCCAAUGUUAUAGUGCUUCUUGGACCAGCAGGUUGUGGCAAAACAGCUUUAUAUCAAACCCUAGUAAGAACACUUCAGAAACUUUCCAGGACUCUUGAUGUUGAAUCUGCAGGUGACCAUAAAGGAGAUUUUAAAGAUGACUUUCAUGAGUUCCAUUUGCCAUGUUGCCCUCCUGUGAGCAUCGAGGUUAUAUUCCCCAAUGCCUUGACCAGCAAACAAUUUUUCGGUGGUUAUUUUGGCAAGGACAGUUCCUGGCUUGAUGGAGCUUUCACUAAAGCAUUAAGACGCUCAGAACAGAUCAUCCCUUUCAGAAGAAAGAAGACUGUGCAAACACAAUGCAUGAAUUGGAUUGUGCUGGAUGGCGAUCCAGUUGGCAAACCUGCUUGGUUGGACUCUUUGACCACUCUUUGCGAUCUUGAACAUCCUCAUCUUUUCCUCUCAUCAGGAGAGAAAAUUGAACCAUCAAAGCUGAAAAUACUAACUGAGAUCACAAACCUUGGUGAUUCAACACCCUCCAUAGUGGCACACUGCAGUCUAGUGUAUGUUUCUGGUGAAAACUUAUGGAGAUCUGUGUGGAAGAGUGAGAUGGAUGUUCUCUCUAGGGAGCACACUGUGGACCAGAUUACUCUGAAAAUGUGGAAACAGCUUUCUGAAGACCUUUUCUCUGACACUUUAGUGUUUCUUAAAAACACAGUUCUUUCUUCCGUGAUGGCCAGUGGUGGAUGUGAAGGCAAACAGGCAUCUAGGAUUACUGAGGGUUUGCAGGAAAUAAUGAGUUUCAUUAAGAUUCUUUGUGCGCUUUUGGAACAUUCUGGGAAGGGAGGAGCCUCCAAAUACACUUCAAGGAAAACCCAAACAGAAGACAGUGCACAAGUUCUUCAGCCACCAUGCACUGAUGCCAUGGCUACCUCUAUUCAUUGGGGGUUGCACACAAGAAACAUGUUUAUUGUUGCUUAUAUUUGGGGAUUUGGAGGACAUUUGCACCCUAGGCACUGGCUGCAGUUUGAUCUUUUUGCACGCGAGGCCUUGUAUAAGAGCUGUUGUGAAGUUGAGACUCCUCCAGAAGGCACAGUAUUUGAGCAUUUCUUUGAAUUCAGUGAGGAAAUGAGAGGCACAACCAAUUUCAUCGACUGUAGCACUCGUAAGAGUCCUCAGCUCUUCUUCACCUCUGUGCCUCAGUAUGAAAUGCAUGCAUAUCUCCUGGACAUGCUGCUGGAUGUUCAGCAGCCAGCACUUCUUGUUGGAGAGUCUGGUUCUGGAAAAACGAUGCUGUGCAAGUCUUUAGUAUCACAAGCAAGAGCACACAUACAUUUACCAUCCAGUCCAGGCCUACACCCUUCUGUCUUGUGCAAGACACUUGAGAAACUUAGAUGUCAGAACACUCAGCUACACAACAAGAAAGUCUCAAAGAAGCCAGACUUACUUCUGUUCAUCGACGACCUUUAUGAAGCGCCAUUUGAUGCUUGUGGAAAAACAUCCAAGACUCUUGAGACCCUGCGUCAGUGCAUUUCUAGAGGUGAAGUGUUGGUAUCAGACGGCUCUCACUUCAAGCUAUUUCAAUCAAAAUCCAUUAAUUAUCUCGCCACUUGCAGCGUUCCUGAGGCAAGCGACAGCUACUGGGUUUCUCCACGGCUCUCUCGACUGUUUGUCAUCUUGACUCUCCCAAGCAUGACUUCUGAAACACUCUUUUCUAUUCAUUCCUCAAAACUGCAACCGUGGCUGAAAGAAAUACAAGCAACGCAGAGCCUUGCAGACAAAGCAAACUGCAUUAUUACCUCAACUCUUGACGUAUACCUUGCAGUGCGUGAAUGCUAUACUGUAGCCUUGAGUCCAAACUUCAUUUUCUCUUUGCAUGAUAUUCAUAGAGUGUUUCAAGGGAUGUAUCUCUGGAGGUCAAGGAUUGAUGGCCAGCAGGCUCUUUGGAGUAGUUUUGGUUUUAGAAGCUACUCUUCAACUGAGAGAGUCUCUUUUCCAUCUGUUCUUGAACACGACCUCAACAUUGUCCGCCUGUGGACGCAUGAGUGUUUGCGCACUUUUGGUGAUCGCCUAGAUUCAGAAGAUGCAUGCCAAAAACUUAUCUCAAUUAUAGCUGAAGUUUCUGAGAAGAAUUUUGGCACGAUGUUGACAAAUGAAUCCCAAACACUUCCAGCAGAUACCUCAAGCCCUACGGACAUGUUAUCUGUAACAAGCACAUACAAUGUAAACCAGCAACUAGAUUCAAGCUCUUUGCAGAUGGAAGAAACUUUGAAUCCUUGGCUUGUUGAAGCAGAAGUUCAGACAGAGAGUGAAGAGACCAAUGUAGAAAGCAACUCCAGCUUGUACAGUACAGGAAUUGAUGAAGAUGUAUCUUCGUACACCAAUGACAAUGUAAAAAAAGCUGGAAAAUUUGAGAGUGAUCCAGAAACAUCAGAGUUGAUAUCUGAAUCUUCAAGUUGUUCAUUUCCAAUGUUGUUUUCUACUCUUUCUUCUCAUUCUAUUGGAAACUAUGUCAACCAAAAACCAUCAUCACGCACAGAGUUUUUGCAACAUCUACAAGAAACUUCUUCCAUCCAGAAUGUGGUUUUCAGUCCAGAACUUUGUGAAACAUCAAAAAACAUUCUUCUGCAUCAUAAUUUCAAACGCACCCAUGUGUAUCAAGAAAGAAAUGUUGAAGUGUUGAUUGACCAGCUAGUUCAUACUCUUAAAAUCAGAGAAGAAAAUAAAGAUGAAAAGUCUGUUAACACUCACUAUAAUCCAAAAUGGGCUGUGCAUCAUCAGAACGUACACCAACUUGUGCAUGUCAUCAGAGCUUUUCUUAUUCCUGGUGGACAUGGUGCUCUUUUAGGAGCUGCAAAGAAAACUGGCAGAAAGACUAUUGUGCGUCUAGCAGCUGCUCUGACGGGAUAUCAACUAGUUGAGGUUCAUUCUGGAAAUGAGACGAAGUUAUGGGGAAUGAUGAAAGACAUUUGGAGCCAAACUGGGGUGAAUGCUGGAGAUUUGGUUGUACUGGUUCAUGAGAAUACCAGCCAAGCUGUAAAGGAUCAGCUGCUGGUAAUGAUGGCCAAUGGAAGCUUCCCUGGACUGUAUUCAGAUGAAGAACUGAGGAAUGUGACUCUGCAGAUGAAAGCGUUGAUGAAAGAUACACAUUGUUAUUUGAAGGAUGAUCAAGCUCUUGAAAUGUAUUUCAGAAAUAUCCAAAGAAGUACACAUGCAUUUCUACUUUAUCCUUUCCUCUGGGACAAAUGUGAAGAAAAAAUCCCCAGGAAAUCUUACAGCUUUCUUUCACAUAUCACCAAGGCUUUGAGUCUCUGCUGUUGUGUAGAAGUGUUUCAACCUUGGACCUCUGAAGCUUUAGUUGAAAGUGCUUUGUAUCAUUUAAAAGCCAGUCGGCAGAUUCCUGAGUCUGCUGCUGCCAAGGAUAACUUAGCAGCUAGUAUUUCUAAGGCAAUGGCUGGGAUACAUUUAUCGGCUUCAAAAUAUGCUGUCACGCUGCUCCAUCUUCAACCGUUUGGCUGUCGGUCCUACAUAGAGCUGAUGGUUCAGUUCUUCUUUUUCUGUCACCACCAGUUUGAGAAAAACAGAGUUCAGGAUUGCCGGUUGGGAAAGGUUCUAGCACAUGUGAAGGACAUGGCCGACACAGCUGCAAGGCACACUCAGGAAGUUAUGACCUUUAGGGCCAAAUGUGAAGAAAAACAGAAGUGUCUGGAUCAGCUGCAGAAAUUGGUUGAUGCGGCACAGAAAAUCUGGGAACAAAAGCAGCACCAAAGUGUUCAGGAAGAAAAAUUGCUUUCCAAUCUUGAAGAUCAUUCACUCCGAGUUCAGCACCAAGUACAAGAUGCUUUUAAACAGGUCAGUCCGCUGUACCAAGCAGCUCUGGAGGCUCUGCAGGCUUUGAGCCAGUCUGAUUUGGAUGAGAUUCGGCACUACAGGAUGCCGCCUGAUGGAGUCAUCAUGGUUAUGGAUAUUAUAUGCAUGUUAUUCAACCGUCCAGGUGGCUGGGACAGUAGCAGACAACUUAUGGUGCUGUCCAGCUUUUUUCAGGAACUCGAAUUUUUCGACUGCUCUAAAUUAACCAAUGAGACGAUUCAAAAGUUGGGUCACAUCAUAAAGGCACCUAGUUUUCAGCCAGACUCUGUGCGAGAUAUGAGUCGGGCUUGUGAGUCUUUGUGUUGCUGGGUGAGAGCGGUAUACCAGUAUGCUUGCAUACAGCGCCACAUAGCACCUCAAAAGGCUAAAAAGCAAGAUUUGGACAAUCUUAUGGCUGAGAGUCGAGCAAGGCUGAGUGUGUUGAGGCUGCAGAUGGAGUCGGAGAGAGAAAGACUAGAUGAACUGGAGAGACAGCAGGAGCUCAACAGACAAGACAUGAAGUUGCUGAAGGCCCAGCUCAGUACCGCUGAGGCUCAAGAGAGGGAGUCAUGUGAUGCUCUUAAACUGGUUGAACAUCACAUUAAAGACUGGAUAUCAGAAGAAAAGGAAGCAACAUUGGCUAAUCAAAGCAUUCCAGGUGAUGCCCUCAUUUUGGCAGCUGCUGUUACUUACCUGGGUCCAUUUGGCCCUGAUGUUCGACAAGAGCUGCUCCUGAAGUGGCACAAACUUUGUCUGACUGGGGAAAUUAAUAUGACACUGGAGGACCCUCGUGCUACACUUUUGGAUGAUGUUCUUUUUGAAACCUGUGAUCACUAUGUGGCCAUUCCCAUCAGUAAGACAUUUCAAAUGGCUUUAAAUCAAAUAAUUGGACUAAAUCUGCAUCACAUACAUGGGGAUUCCUCCGAUCUGGUCCGAAGUGUUCUGCUCUGGGGGAACAGAGAUACUCGAACACAACGUUGCCUUUUAUUGGCAAGUUGUCAUGAAUAUGAGGAACCCAACUCUCAGACAUUGUUUUCUCCUGGUAAGUCUAAAAGUCAUGCAGAGGCUAAAUAUGGACUUUCACUUUCUGCUGAUGAUCCAGAGUUACUUGAUAAACUGAAUCAUGGAGCGAAAGAAGGUCUAAGAGUAUUGGUGAAGCAUAUUGAACGAGCAAUAUCAAAUCUGCAAGUCCUUCAGGCAUUUGUAACACCAGUAACCUGUUGUAAUAGCCACACAGUUCAGUCUGCUCAUCCUGACUUUCACCUUGUUAUGAGCACUUCCCUUCCAAUCCGAACUCUGAUACAGGAAGUUCAUCCUUCAUUUCUCGAGGAGGUUCAGAUGAUUGAUCUUUCUCCAUGCACAUCUGAAGUUCGGGACCUGAUUCUGACAGAACUGAUGCAGACUGAAUGUUCAGCACUGUGGACUCUACAUCAUCGAAUACAAACAAAAAAACAGACACUUCAGCAUAAACUUUCUGAAAACAAGUUUUCCUUGAUGGAGUAUGUCACACAAGCCUCUACACCACUUCUCCAGGACCCUCAGUUUCUUCCACAGGUCUAUAUGUGUCAGAAUGUCUCUCUCGGACUUGAAACAGAAAUCAAGGCACUAUCUCAACAGAUAGAUCAGCAUAAACCCCUGAUGACUGAUUUUUAUCAAAUAGCAGAGCUCACUACAUCCCUUUACAAUGCCCUGCAGGACGUGGCCCAGCUUUCCCCCUGUUAUCUUUUCACUCUUCAUGGUUUCCUGCUCACUUUGCGGUCAGCUUUAGCCCUGGAGAGCCCAGACGGGAGGUCUCAUAUGGAGACGGAGCCCAGAGCAGGCAAAUCUGAGAUUACCUACAGGAUUGUCUCUCGUAUCUUUUCUCAGUAUAAACCCUGCUUGUUCCAGACCCAUUCCGCUUUAUUCAGAUUAUUGGUAUCUUUUGCCAUUAUUGAGCACAAUGAGGGCUGCCCUGAGGUAGAACGAGUUAUUUUCCUCAGAGGAUUAAGCAACUGGCAGUCUUCAGAGCGUUUUUUAUCAGCGUCAACACAGUCUAUCCCCGAGCUGCCAAGCUGGAUUCAAACACAAUCUCCAGAUGAUGUUUAUCUAUUAGAGAAGAUUGCACCCUUCAGGGGUCUUGUGUCCUCUCUUGUGAAUUCAUCCAAACUGUGGCAGAAAUACCUGCGCUUUCCUUCCUCCACGGUGAUUGGUCCAGUGCCUUGUCGAUCUCACUCUCAUUUGUCCACACUACAGCGGGCCAUUCUCUGGAAGACUUUGUGUCCUCAUUGGCUAGCAGCUGUGGAAGAAGACCUUAUGGCCUGUGCGAAUGGACAUAUGCCUCAAUCAUAUACUGGAGACCCCUCAGUGACCUCUGUGGAAAUCAUCUCCAACCUACUGUCUAAAAAUGAAGGUCCUGUAAUUGUGUGUUUACCAGAUAUAACCAGAGAAGCAGCAGUAAGCAUCCACCCUCUCCCCAUGAUUAAACAAAUUGCUCAGCGCCAAGUGGACAACAAAAGGGUGAGUGUUAUUUCUUUCGGGUCCGGCUGUCAUGGAGAUGCUGUUCUCUCUGCACUGGACAGCGCUGUCCAAAACGGCCACUGGUUAGUGCUGAACAACUGUCAUCUGCUGGACUGUUGGGAUGUCAGAGUUGAGAACAAGUUAACACAAGUAGUGUCCUUCACUACAAAAGAUUUGGAGACAGAUGGUGGGCCUCUUCUAAACGCUGGGAAUGCAGGACAAUUUGUGCAUCCCCAGUUUAGAUUGUGGCUCAUAACCAAAGCUGACAGACCUCGCUCAGUACCAGUUUCUGUUAGGAUUAGAGCCCUGCACUUGGUGUGCGAUUCCUCCUGGGACCUGAAGGAUGAACUGUGGUCCUCAAUAAAGCAGACAAUCCCCAUGUUCUCUCCUGAAGCCUCUGUGCACAUUCAGUGUGCCAUCCUGCAUUCUGUCCUGCUGCACAGACAAACGUUCAAACACACGGGCCAAGCACAGCUCUACUUUUGGACUCAGGAAGAUUUACUUGCUCUGAUUGACACAUAUCACCGCAUAGCCAAACACUGCAGUAAUGCCUCUAGAGCAUUGGAAUACAUAGCAGGUCACCUGGUAUAUGGUAGCCACGUGUCAGACCAUGCUGAUCAAGCAGCUGUGCGAAGUGUGGUUAGAGCUUGUCUGAGACCACUGUCUACUUCAUGGGAGCCUGGUCAAUGCAUUCUCUCAGAUAUAAUUAACUUAACAAGAAAAUAUGAAGGUGAUACCCUACUGACAGAAGUGAGACAUCACAUUCAGUCCAUCAGCAGAGACACACUCCCGUUACUUCUGGGCUUUAGUCCAGGAAUGGCAGAUGAACUGGUCAAACUAAAAAGUUAUAGCCUCAGCAAUCUUCUCCAUCAAUCACAAAACAUCUAUGUGGAUGUGAGAAGAGAAACCAAUGUUGUACCGCAACCCCAAGAACUUCCAGACUAUCUGACAGCUUGGGAGAUGCUGCUGACUUUACAAGUCAAGCUAAGAAAAAUGGAGAUUGGCAUGGGAAUGGAAUCUUCUUCUUCUGGGCCGUUGCAUUGUUUUUUCCAGGCAGAGUGGGAACGUCUGAACUCACUGGUGUCUUCCCUGCUCUCAGACAAUUUUCAGCCGGUUAAAUAUAACAUGACAAGCUCCGCUGCUGCACUUCUGACAGCAUCAGCUCUCUCACGUCUGGAGACUCGAGCAGAGCUGCUCAGGUCGUACCUGUGGGAAGAGUCAUCCAGGAUUACACCUCAUGUUUAUCGAUUGGCUGCCUUUCACAAUCCCAGAGGCUUUCUGGCAGCGCUUAUCAGAGAUGAAGCCCACAUCCAAAACAAGGAGAUCAGUCUUUACUGUUUGAAUUUCAAGGUGCUUCAUAAUAUGUUACCUCCACAAAGGGGUGUUUUUCUGUCUGGACUGGAGCUGCAGGGGGCGCUGUGGGAUUCAGGGUCUGGAGGUCUUCAAGACACUCAUUCUCCAAAACCGUCUUCUUUUCCACCCAUCUGGGUCAGUGUUGAAGAGUGCAAAGGUGACAGGAUCAAUUCCUCUAAAAGCUCACAAAAUAAUUCCUCAUCCCUGUACUACUGCCCUCUCUAUGUGGACACACACACUGCAGACGGACGUCAGAGUGAGGACAAUAUUAUCACCCAUGUUCCUCUUGCAGCAAGGUUAGAUCCAGUGCUUUGUUCUAUGAGACACGUUAGGUUAACCAGUACUCUGUUUUAAUAGACCUUGUGAUGAAUGACUUAAAAUGUAUGCUCUUGAUGAAAAUAUGUGUAAAAUUAUAGCAACAUUAUACUUCGCA